AUGCACGGGGGUGGGCCAAGCGGGGAGUACAGCACGUGCAAGAUGUUUGCUAACAUCUUCAUCACGUUUGUUGGCGCCGGCAUCUUGGGCUUGCCGUUCGCUUUCAAAGAGGCGGGCAUCAUUGAGGGCAGCAUCAUCAUGGCGAGUGUAUCUGCCGUCUGCAUCAAGGCCAUGCUGUUGCUGGUCGACAGCAAGAACGAGGUGAUUCGCAGGAGAAGAGAAUACCAACAGGAGGCUGGCCUGCUGCGCAAAGGAGGAGGCGGUGGCGGUGACGGCCAAGUCGACACGGACAUCGACUUUGGCGACCUCGCACAACGCACAUAUGGAAACACUGGCUGGUGGACCGUCCAGGCAUCCAUCGUGCUGUCUCAAAUUGGGUUCUGCUGCGCCUACCUCAUCUUCAUCACGCAGAACCUGCAGUCCCUGAUUGGCGGCCUCUCAGCCAACACGUAUCUGCUCGGCAUCAUGGUGCCGCAGCUGGCGCUCGCCAUCAUCCGCGACCUCAAGGGCCUCAGCAUAUUCAGCUUGAUGGCCGACGCUGCAAAUGUGUUUGCGUAUUGCGUCGUGUUCUUCUUCGACUUUGAGCACAUCGAGAAGGUUGGCUCGCACGCCAAAGCCAUCAAGCUGUCUGGUCUGGCCUUCUUCUUUGGGGUCGUUGUCUACUGCUUUGAGGGUGCUGGGAUGGUGCUUGCGCUGGAGAUGUCGGUGCCAACGGAGCGACGGCACGAGUUUCCGCGCGUGUUUGCCAGCGCCCUCGCCCUCAUCACCACCCUCUACAUCGCCUUUGGUGUCUCCGGGUAUGCAUCCUUUGGGGAGAACACGGAGAAGAUUAUCACGCUGAACAUGCCGCCCGGGAUAUUCCCGGCGCUCAUCAAGGGCUGCCUUUGCUUCUCCCUCUACUUCACAUACCCAGUGAUGAUGUUUCCCGUGUCGACCAUCCUGGAAAAGCAGCUCUCCAAGACGCGCUCUGUCACAUACUUCAAGGGGAAUGUCCUGCGCUGGGGGCUCGUCGUCAUCUCUGGCCUUGUCGUGCUGGCGGUGCCGGACUUUGCGAACAUCAUGGGGCUGAUUGGCUCGACCUGCUGUAUGCUGCUCGCCCUCAUCAUGCAGACCUUUAAGCAACAACUUGGCCACUUAACCAGCAGUGAUGUCUUCACUUUGUUCAUGUUCACAAGCGCCCACGAGCGCACAUAG